AAUUAGAUUUAAUUUUAUAUUAUGUAAUUGAUUUUUUUGUCGACUUAUAAGAAAAUCUUAAAUACGUACUUGCCCAUUUCACUUACAAUCGACAACUGACAAAGUCAGAGGCAAAAAAUGAAUAAUUACUAAGUGCAGUCAUGGAAUAAAAAUGAAAUAAAUAAUUGAAAAUCCGCAGCAAGACAUUCGUCGAUAAGUCGAUCGAUCGACGGUGACACUGGCAAAUCAAAACGCGAACUAGGGGAGCAGCGGGCGCAUAAUUUUUAUCCCGCGUACUCGUGGGCAUCCGUGCACAGUCUACCCCCACCCCGGUCGAAAUCACACCAAUGACUUGAAAGUUAUAACGUAAAAACGGAGACGCUUGUCCGUAUGCCACUAAUUCAAACAUCAAUAAUCCACCCCACCCGGAGCCUGGCCCCACCACCGUACCGCGGGUGUCUUCAACGGGCGACCAAGAUCCAUCCGAAAUGCCCCCACCCGAAUCGAACAUCCGAACAUCGGAGGUGUUUCUCCGUUCAUUCUGCGAUCGAUGCUCACCACAUCAACAACAACAACAACAACAACGACAUCGCAACCCAACUCGAUGAGCUCGCGCACGUUUCUCGAUUUGCCGACGCUCAGCUGACACGGAGAAUCGACGACGCACGACGCCGGACGCCCCGUGUGUUAAGUGACUUGUCAAACAUCGUAGUGCAGAUUUCCAAAUUAACACCAGUGAAAGUGCCAUCCGUCAACGACAUCAUCGUCAUCAUCAUGAUUGUUUGUCGCAUUUACAAGUGAUUAUUUUUAUUAUUUGCCCGGAACGUGAAACUGGAAUACAACACUUGACGAUUUGUGAUUUUAUUUAAUUUGUUUGUGGAUACUCAAUUGUUUGUGAUAAACGGCCGCCAAGUGACCGAUCUUCCUUGAUUGUCACAGCGAAUUUUCAAGAUGAACCAGACGUGCAAAGUGUGCGGCGAACCAGCGGCGGGUUUCCAUUUCGGAGCCUUCACGUGCGAAGGAUGCAAGUCCUUCUUCGGAAGAUCCUACAACAACUUGAGUUCGAUCUCCGAGUGCAAGAACAACGGGGAGUGCGUGAUCAACAAGAAGAACAGAACGGCCUGCAAGGCCUGUCGGCUGCGAAAGUGCCUGCUUGUAGGGAUGUCGAAGAGCGGGUCCAGAUACGGCAGACGGUCCAACUGGUUCAAGAUCCACUGCUUGCUCCAGGAACAGCAACAGCAACAGCAGCAACAGCAGGCGGGCCAAACGAUAAUGAGUCCGGGUCUGAAGCAACCGCCGCAGAAGAUGCCGUCGCCCCAUCACCCGCCACUGGGCCCUCUGGGUCUCCUAGGUGCCCAGCCAUUCCCGCCGCAACUCCUGCACCUGCCCAAAACGAAGGAGGAGCUGAUGCUUCUGGGACUGGACGACUACAAGCACUCGGCGUCGCCGUCGGUCAGCUCGCCCGAAUCGCACAACUCCGAUUCGUCCGUGGAAGUGAGCGACGCACGUCGUCUGCCCCUGUUUCCCGGCCUGUUGCCACCCACGUUCCUGCCGCCCUCCGGUCUCCUGUUCCCGACCGGCUACCCGCCUCUCUAUCCCGGCCUGCUGCAGCCGGCCAAUAACAACAACAGACUCAUGCGCAACCACAACCCGGGCGUCGAGGCGUUCAACAAGAGGGUGUUCUUGGACGCCGUGCUGCAGUCGCAGCGAUCGCCCACGCCGGAGGAGAUCGAGAGUCCGGUACCGGCCGCGGCCGCCUCGCCCAUCCAGGACGACCCCAUCGACUUGAGCAUGAAGACGUUGAGCGAGCGGGGCUCGUCGCCGGCGCAGAGCGAGCGGUCGGGGUCCAUUGCGACGGAAAGGGGCGCCGGCAGCGACGCGGACGAGGAGAGCGACUGCUGCGACUCGGACAGGGAGCACGAGCUGAACAGGAUCAAGAUCGCGAGGCCGACACCCCUCGAUCUUACCACCAAAGUCUAGUGAUAAAAACGUACAUAAUUUUCUAAUUGAUUGAUAUUUAUGGCCGCGUCGUACUGAACGAACGGACGCCGGCGGUACGGGACCGUACCUGACGUGUGCUGCGUGACUUUGGAUGUUCGCCCAUCCGAUCGGGUUUAUGUUACACAUCACGAAAACACAAAGCGACCGACCAAACAAUCGGUUGUGCUUAUAUCACGCCACCUGAAUCCUCGUCCGCCCUGUCAAAUGUGCGAGAUGGAUUUUUUUUAAUUGAUACAUAAAGGAGGAAUUCGAAUCGGACUUAAUUGUCGGGCAUUGUCUCAAAGAGCGAAGAUCUAGAUCGACGUCCGUCGUGGGAAACUUGAUUAUAUGGUAUUGAACGGAGCGGGGCCCCGUUGACAGCCUCGCACAUCUUCUCUUUUCAUCGGCACUCAACCGCCCGACCAGGAACAAUGCGGCAUUAAUGCGCAACACUUAAUCAACAUCGCCUCGGCUUGACCUCAUCGCACAUGCCACUUUUCCCACAAUAAAAAAAUGUGUGGACGGACGGAAAAGUCCUUUCCAAAUCCGAAUGCCGUAUGGGUGGCCCCGGUCGCGGCGUCAUCACGCACGUAGCUGCGAUGCGAACGCACAUUAUGGAGGAUGUUGAAUGCGCCGUAAAUCCGAUCGCAUUAACGGCCCGCCCUUAACCGGCGCUUUGUCCUGCAUAUUAAAAACGGAAUAAUAACGUCACGUUACCAAUAAAAUAUGAUAGUUUAGUAUGUAAGGAACGAGCACACAGCAGGUACACCACCGUUCGUAAAACUUUACUGUCUGCCCAUCAAAUUGUGCGGCUUGUUUUCACUUUCGCAGCACACUAAAAUCGUUAGAGUGAACACUGAACGUUGUAUAAAAGCAAUUUUAUUGUACAUAGUAUUUAAAUUAAAUUAAUUUGUAUAGAAAUUCUAGUGAUAUGUUGUCAGAGCUGCUCCAUUUCAAAUUGUGAAUACACUUGGCCAGUAUGUUUGUAUUCGUUUUAUCGAACAAAUUUUAGUUUUAUUGUUUCCGUUUUUUUUUCCUUGUACAUAUUGUAUGUAGAUUAUUUUUGAGCAGUGCAAUGUUAGAUGUUGUUUUAAUUUAUUUACAAUUAUUUUCCGGAUUCUCUCCGGAAUUUUACUUUUAGAGAUAAUUGUUAUGUUUCUAAUAAUAUAUUGAAACCGAUCCAGUUUCAAAUGGGCCAAUUCUAUUGGGCAUUUUUUAUAUACAAAUUGUAAAUGUAUUUUUAUUAUAUAUAUGUUGUUAAUGAAUAUGUUUUGUUUGAAUGUAUCUGAUAGCAAUCCUGUCUGAUUUCUGGGGACAAGGGCCAGUUAUGUAUGUGAGAAUGUGUGUAGAUACAAUGAGCGUUUCUGUAAGGUACAUGUUGCAUUAAAACAAAAAAAUAAAAUCAUUUUCUCUUCUGAAUUAUA